CCUCACUUUGGCAAGUUCGAUCGGCGUUGGAUUUGCCUGCCUGGCCUUUGAGAACUGUGCGAGCCUCGCCGAACUGGCAAACCAAAACAGCAAAGGAUUCUAGCUAGCGCAACGAUUCGCUUCAGAGAUUUUACUUGUCCAACCGGUUUCUGACAUCUCCUGGGCUUUAAGGAUAUUUCCAAACCAUUUCCUCCAAUUUUUUUUAAUCGGUGCUGCUCUGGUCAGUCGUUUUGCCAACUGUCCCAUGAACCAAUCGGGACAGAAGUCCAAACACUUUGAUACAGAAGUGGAAGACAUUCUGGACUCGGAGGACGAGGGAAAAAGUGGAAUAAAUGGGACGCAGCGUCGCAUGCAAAAUAUUAGUGGGAAGACAAGUCAAGGGACAAAACGGACGGGCAUCCCUAUAGUCGUCCCAAGCAAUGAAAAGCGAAGAAAAAACGCGGGUGACAUAACCGACUCCUCAUCUAGGCCCAAGUCGUCCAACUUCUUUGGCAGUUAUUUUUCUUACGCUUCGUCACCAGUGUCGUCACCAGCACCGCACUCUCCCUUCCCAUUGUUAGAACGGUUAGUGACAAGCAGAGAUACAAAAGAUAAAAAAGAUACAAAGAACAGAUUAAACGUCAACCACAUCCGUGGGUCUCAGAAUCUUGGUGCCCGAAAGCGCAUCACUUCAUCGGAAAACGCUCCGCGAUUACUUUUCCACAAUCGCCCUACGUCUGAACGUGAAACAGAGACCGAGUUUGUUGAUGUAGAUGACAGCGGCGUCGCCCUAGUCGAAGAGGAUCUUGUUCAAUCCCUGUUCGACCGCUCGUUUGAGACUAUCAAACCUACAAUCACUCCUCACAAAGAGCAGGCUGUCGCAAAACAAGAGCGUCCUAAAACCUCCCGUGGCCGACCAUCACCAGCAACUUUAGUUCCUCCUGCAGAUUCUACGUUUGAGGAGUCACCGCAAAAGCCUGUCCGAACUCCAAAGAUCACAGAACGAAUGAAACCACAUGCUAUUGUGAGAGUUCCAAGUAAUUUAUCACAGCGAAUUGGCGACUUCCCCCGCCUUCCGUUGGAAUAUGUAAUUCAAGAUGGAAAUCUCGUGGCGAGUAAUGAGACGGAGCCAGUCCUAAAAGUUCACACCGAUGUGAAGAUUCGCUGGGCAUCACAGACUCAAAUCGACAUUAAGGGGAGUUCAGUUCGACGGUUUGGGUACGUACAGGGCGUCGAGAUAUCUGGAGUGCUGAUCGAUUCAACGGAACAUGAACGCAUCUACUGCUUUGCGCGCAAGGAAGAUCUGGAUACGUUUCUUCCCUUGUUCUCGCGAUGCCCUAUGGGCGGAGUUGCCCGGCAAUUGAGUGGUCGUGACGUAAUUCAAAUGGUCGACUUUUACAACAAUGCAAUGGCAUUGGCGAAUCCGCGAAAGAAGAGGCGUAUGGAGGCCGCUAUAUCUGACAAUGCUAAAGCAGAUGGCCCGAUGGCAACUCGCCGAAGCACCCGGACGCGAUCGCAGACAUCGUGGAACGAAGAGCUUUUCCGGUAUCCACCACAAGGCAAAAAUUCGGUAUCUGUACGGCAGGAAGAUUAUGAUCGCCUCGAUGACGGGGAGUUUCUAAAUGAUGUGGUAAUAGAAUUCUAUCUCAAACACUUGAUGGCAAGCUUGGGCGAUGAGGUACUAAGAGAUCAAGUGCAUAUUUUCAAUUCCUUUUUUUACGAGCAAUUGGCGCACAAGGAUGAGGCGUCAAAAAAAGGGGGCGGCGACCGGUCUGGAUACGAUCGAGUAAAGAAAUGGACCUCAAAAAUUGACAUCUUCAAGAAGCGUUACAUCUUCAUACCUAUUAAUGAAAAUAUGCAUUGGUAUCUUGCCUUGAUCUACAACCCUGGCGCACUGUUGCAGCCUCAGUUAGUAGAUGAGGAACUAGACGACAUUAUUAGACCAUCCCCUGGCACCCUAUCUCCUGAGGACUCGGACGUGUUUGCUCCGGACCUACCAGCAGAGGCCGACGUAGAGCUCGAUGGGAACCCAGAUUCGACCAUAGAGGUACUCAGUAGCGGUCCAGCAAGCGACGAAAUACCUGAGGAGAAUGAAGUCGUUGUGGUUCAUAGCCAAGACCCUCAAGAACACAAAUUGGUUGUGCUCAAAGACUCGCACGAGCCUGUGCAUGUCAUAUCAAGUGGGGAGUCGCCCAAGCGCAAACCAAAACGAACAUAUAAAGGCAAAAAGGCGUUGUCGGAGAACGAGUUGCGUGAGAAGGAACAGCGGGACAUCGAAAAGAGGAAGCUUCGGACGACUGCAAGUUUGAGGCAAUGUAAUGUCAUCAUUUUGGAUUCCCUACAUGGCAAGCACCCUGCCGCCAUAAGUCGACUAAAAGGAUACCUUGCAAAAGAGGCCGAAGCAAAGCUGAACGUACAGAUCGAUCCGAAAGCUGCGCAAGGAAUUCAUGCAAAGGUCCCGUUACAAACCAACCACUGUGACUGUGGCAUAUAUCUCCUGUACUAUGUGGAAGUGUUCCUGCGCGAUCCAAGAAAAUACCUCCAUCUCAUUUUUAACCGGGUAGCAAACGAAGACGCCUGGUUUGCACUCCGUGACGUUAAACAAAAACGCUCGGAGAUCAAGAAGGUCAUGGAUGCGCUGAGACAUGAGUUUCACCUUUCAAAAACCCAAGAAUGUAUACCCGAAAAAUCUUCUACGUCAGCGAAUGCGUCGAGCAGAAGUUCUUCUUCUUCAGGUGGAUCAGCGAAAGGGUCAUCACGUUAGUGAAUCGCUGGUGCCUUCCUCGUCGAGCUGGGAAUGAAUCUAAUCUUGUCAGAACAUGCGAUGGGAGCCUGGAGUGUGUUGGGUUGGAAAUUUAGGGCAUUGUACAUAUAAGCAAUUUAGGUGGGCACUUGAAAGUUGGUCGCCUGGGGGGCGCCGUUAUACAAUAUUGUAAUAGAUUAUGGGUUUAGGAUGACGG